ACACAGCGCUGCUAUUGGCUCUCUCCUAUUAACGAUUAGUGUAUAAAAAGAGGAGUCAAAAAGUGAAGAUUCACUCCGGCUCUUCUGGACUUGAGAUUCUGCACACGUUUCGUUCUCAUCCCUGAUUCCCACAAACAGGUCUGUGAAGUUCCUAUCCGGCUGGUGAAGAAGGAACAGCGGAGAUGAAUCCCGCAGCGCUCUCGAUUCUUCUUCUGUCUGCCGCGGCAUUGCUGGAGCUUCCACAGAUACAGUGUGACUCCGCUAUACUAAUGGACCUCGCUGAAGAGUCUCUCGAUGAUCAGUACAUCGGCUGUAGAAAUGAGAUGUUAAAAACAGUUCAGGAAACGCAUCUUCCGUCCGAAUUAAACAGAAACACGGAAUUUCAAACCGUAUGGAAAAGGGCUGAAAACGAAAUUGGACAUAUAACCCAUUCGAAACUGAGUUCCGAGCAAGCCACAGCCAUCUAUGUGUACACCAUAAACGCUGUUUACAAAAAGUUCAACCGCGCAGUGAGAACAGGAGGAAUGAAUUAUACUGAAUUCCCGUUCAAGGCGUGGCAUUUUCAUUUGACAGACGCCCUGAAGACACUGAAAUCCAUGAAGCCGAAAUGCUAUGAAGUGUUCAGAGGAGUGAAAAACGCCACGCAGGUUAUAGGGAACAUUGUACGAUUCGGACAGUUCACUUCAACCUCUGUAAACAAAACCGUAGCGGAGCGUUUUGGAACAGGAACGCUGUUCACAAUACGAACCUGCCUCGGAGUGUCCAUUAAAAAAUAUUCAGCGUACUCGAAUGAAAAGGAGGUCCUCAUCCCACCUUUUGAGAAAUUUAAAGUGAUGGAAGUCAAUGGGAAAGAAAUCCGACUGGAACAUAUUGAAGACCACACAAGUUAUUUCAACUGUCUGGGAGGGUAUGCUGAUAAACCCCAGAUGAGUCCCGCUGUGAUCGCUGGGAUAGUGAUCGCUGUGGUCCUGGCAGUCCUAUCGAUCACAGUGUAUCUGAAGAGAACGCGCUGUGCUUCAAUGGAAGCAGGACCGGAUGCAGCGUCACCAGCCCCUUCCGAAACCGUCGCACUGAACGAGAGGACCGCGGCUCGGACAGCCUGAGACACCAGCACGAAUAAAACCGACAGCGAGGCGACCCCGUGAAAACAACACGCCCGCAGACCGGCACUGUCCCGGAGAGGAGAGGCGCGCCUUCACCCGGGACUGUAUAAAGAACGACAGGACAGUCAAUCCCGUGGUGCAGCGCGGUGCUCCCUUACAGGCGACAUUUCUGGAGCCCACUCAGCACUGAAUACAUUGCGGGGAUGCUGUGCUGCAGCGCCAGGAUAUAUCAGUAUUUUUUUAAUAACAGGUACAACAUGUCGUUAAUGUAAAGUGACUGGCUGUUAUUUAUGUGAAUUAGUGUUUGAUUAUGUCAAGCGUUUUGCCAGGGCUGUCUGUGUGUCUGUCUCUCUGCAUGUGUCUCAGUGUGUGUCUGAGUAUGUGUGUGUGAGUGUGUGUGUCUCUGUGUGUGUGUGUCUGUCUUUGUGUGUGUGUGUGUGCCUCUGUGUGUGUGUCUGUCUCUGUGUGUGCCUCAGUGUGUGUGUAUCUGUCUGUGUGUGUGUGUGUGUCUGUCUGUGUGUGUGUGUGUGUGUCUGUCUGUGUGUGUGUGUCUGUCUCUGUGUGUGUGUGUCUGUCUCUGUGUGUGUGUAUCUGUCUCUGUCUGUGUGUGUGUGCCUCUGUGUGUGUGUCUGUCUCUGUGUGUGUGUGUCUGUCUCUGUCUGUGUGUGUGUGCCUCUGUGUGUGUGUGCGUGUGCGUGUGCCUCUGUGUGUGUGUCUGUCUCUGUGUGUGUGUGCCUCUGUGUGUGUGUGUGCCUCAGUGUGUGUGUGUAUCUGUCUCUGUGUGUGUGUGCCUCUGUGUGUGUGUGUCUGCCUCUGUGUGUGUGUGUGCCUCAGUGUGUGUGUAUCUGUCUCUGUCUGUGUGUGUGUGUGUGUGCCUCUGUGUGUGUGUCUGUCUCUGUGUGUGUGUGUCUGUCUCUGUGUGUGUGUGUCUGUCUCUGUGCGUGCGUGCGUGCGUGUGUGUGUGUGUGUGUGUGCGUGUGCCUUCUGUUUCACAGCCUCACACAGAGUGUAUAACUGCAGGUUCAAAGACCUUCCUCAUGUUGGCCGAUGCUAACACACACACACACACACUGAGACACACACACACACACUGAGACACACACACACACACUGACACACACACACACACACUGAGACACACACACUCUGACACACACACACACACACACACACACACACACACACGGUUUUGCUGUUGUGCAUUUUUAGAAACACAUUUUGGUUCAUUUUUUUUUUUUUUUUUAAUUACUAAAUCAUAUUUUCAGUUGUGCAUGAAUAAAAAAAAUACGAUUUCUAUACGAUUGUUUUGUCCUGACAUUAAACGUUUCUCAGAUUAGUCCUUUAAAGUCAUGCUGACAUCAUGAGAAAGUUUCCAAACGAGAGGAGGCCCCAUUCAGCCCAUCUUGCUCGUUUGGUUGUUAGUAGUUUAUUGAUCCCAGAAUCUCAUCAAGCAGCUUCUU